UGAUUUGGCGCCUCAUGUUGCUGUGAGUCACGUGUAAAUAUGGCGCUAGCACUUGACAAUACUGGCAAAGAAAACAAAAGAUAGAAGUACACUCAGCAAAAUUGAUCAAUAAUCAUUCGCAGCACUGAAAGUUUUAUUUUUGCAAUGCAUCUGAACUUCGUAUGACUCUGUGAAUCACAUUCAUAUUUGAUAAUUGGCCUACUACAAAAUUGUUUGCUGUUUUGGGCCUAGAAGAAGACUAGCAAUAGUUAUUUAGCACUAGUUAUUGUUUGCCGUCUGUUUAUGGCCUACACUGGAUAAAAGAUAUGAUUGUCUGAUGAUCAUGUAGAUUGUAGGAUGGAAGGUCAAUCAUCCUCUGACGGAUUCACAAAUCUUUCCGCCUCAGGUUGGCCAAUGAACGAUGUUCGUAUGUCCGACCCACUUCUUGGCCUAGACCAAGAUAACGACGAUUACGAUGGAAGCUUUGAUAGUUUCAUGCAUUCACUAGGUGAUCAAGGUGAACAAUUGUUGACAGAAGAAACUGUGAAGCAAAUAACUGAAAUACUGACUCCAGCACAGCAGAAUAUUCUCGAAGAAAAGGCCACAACUAUGAACGAAAGUGUUCCGGAGAAUCGAGGACAUACUGACCCAUGUUUUCAUGACAGUGAGCAUGCGCAGAUUCACCAUGCAGCAGGAAUUAGGCCGUGUCAUGGCGGUACAGGUGAAGAAAUUACUGCACAAAAUUUAGUUGGUUUGUCUAGCAAAAGAGGACGUAAAAUGCAGCAAGAAGGAGAAGGAAACAAUCCUGUAACUCUUAAACAAAGCAGUGCCAUCCAAAUGGGGCUCCAGAAGAUCAAAGAACAGCUCGAUAAGGGAGGAAAGUUUGCUGCACCUCAAGCAGAUGCAGAACCUGCCGUGGUCACAGAAUUUAUAGGUGGCCAUGUGGACGGGUUUACUCCAGAACUUGACGAGACUUCAAAAGGAAGCGUAGAUUCACUUGAAGGCUCUACGAAUAAAGACAAAGAAGCAGAUCCCCCUGUUAGAAGGUCAGGCAGGAAAACUGUGCGCUUGUUUGAAAUAACAGGCCCAAAAAGAGGUCGCAAGAAGGCGGACGAAGAGAAGAAAAGUACAGAUGAACCACGGCAGCUUCGUGGCUGUGAUGAUUCAUCUGAGGGCAAAGCUGCAAAGAAAACUCAGUCUCCUAAGAAAGGAGCAAAGGUUCAGUUGAAAGAACCAGAAAAGGCAGAAGAAAAAGAAGUACCAUCUACACGCAGGUCAAACAGAAAUCAAAAAGAAGAUGAGGACCCAGAAGGUGAAAAUGCGAAGGGUAAGGCAAGCAAACCUGACGUGAAGGAAACUAGAAGAGUUGGAAGACCAAAGAAGUCAAUAGAGAAUGAAAAGUCAAAAAGUCAAAGUCAGGGAAAAUUAGAUGAGGACAUGGAACCUGAAGUGAGCAAGGAAAAGACACCAAAUAAGAAAAGUUCAGGAAGGCAAUCUGUUGAUAAUGCAAAGAGUGAAUCUGGUAGUGAAGGCACUGGAAAGAAAAAGAAAGGAGAUAAAGAAAGCGAAAGUGAUGGAAAAUCUGGAAAGGGAAGAGGAAAAGACACAAAGAGGUCUCGAAUGGGAAGACCACCUGGCAGAAGACGCAAAGGUGCUGUAAAGAAUGAAUCUACAAAAAGUGAAAGUGGGAGGAAAAGAUCAAAUAAAAAGAAAGAAGAAGGGAAGAAAGACAAAGGAGAGGGAAGUAGCUCUGAUGAAAGUGUGCUAGAUGAUGGAGAAUUGAGUGAUGAUGGCUCAGAGUUUGAUCCUGAUGAGGACCCAGACAGACCAUGGUGCAUUUGCAGAAAGCCACAUGGAAACAGGUUUAUGAUUUGUUGUGAUACCUGUGAAGACUGGUUUCAUGGGGACUGUGUCGGUGUGACACAAUCAGAUGGCAAGGAAUUGGAAAAGAGAGGGGAAGAGUGGAUGUGCCCUAAAUGCAAAAGAAAACUGCAAGCUCUAGCAAAGGAACUGAAAGAGAAAGAAAGACAAGAGCGGAUUAAAAAUCGAGAAAAAAGUGAAGGAAGCUCUGACGAAAGUAACACCUCGCACAUGAGAAAGAAAUUAUUGAAGGCUCUUGAAAAGGAGCUUGCUUCGGGUGGUGCAGCUAAGGCGGCUCAGAUCAUCAAAAAAGAAGAUCAUUCGUCUAGUAGUGACGAAUUGGGAGAUGACGUGGUGGAAGAAGAAGAGGAAGAGCAAGGUUCUAAAUUGAAAGAAGAAUCCAAAGAAGAGAAGAUCAGAGCGAAGAAACGAAUGAAAGCAAAAAAGGAAGAUAGAGAGGCUGUUGAAGCGAAAAGACUCGAGAAGGAGCUUGAAUGGAAAAGGCAACUGAAAGAGAUGAAGGAGAGAGCAAAGAAAGCUGAAAUGGCUGCUAGAAGGAGAGAUUCAAUUGAAGGCCAAAUGACCUUCGACAAGGUCUCCAGCCAAAAGACGCCUAAAAAGCCAGAGGUGAAAUUGGUUAAACAAGAGUCGGUGGUAAAAAAAGGGGCUGAUGUGAAGAAGGAGACUGGGAAGGGAGCUGAUGAGAUUCAUGUUAGAAGAAAAAGUGAUUCGAGUUUAAAAAGUGGCGAAAGAAAGAGAUCUGUCGAUGGAGUAAGAAGGGUGACGAUUGAUGUGCCUAAAGAGAAGAGCACCAAAUCUGAUGCUGGACCACCCAUGCAAAAGAAGGUACGAACCACACCUACACCAAAGACAAGCAGGCCCACAGCUCCAAUGAAAUACUGCAUCGUAUGCAAUAAGCCAGCAAUGAGAAAUGCCGUCUAUUGCAGCAAAGAGUGCAUCACUAGUUACACGAAAGAGUCACUUCGCCUUCUGUCUGAAGACAAGCAGAAACGACUUGGACCGAAAUCUCCGGAAGUGAAAAGCCCUUCAUCAAAAGAGCCCGGCAAAGGCCCUACAAUCAGCCCGGCUACAUCAACAACAGAUGACGAUGACAAGAACGAAAGAAUACCGGUCAUUGAGAAGUCGACAAAGAAGGUCAUUGCGGGGCUUAUGGCACCAACUAGGGCCAAUAUCUUCAAAUGGGUUGAGGAGCAUCCCACCUUCGAAGUCUUUAGACCAGCGGCAACCAAAGCCGGAGGGCUAAUGUCGCCCUCUUUCUACUCAAGCCGAAAAUCCGAAUCUACUGCUAAUUCUGGAAGCUCCAAUCAAAAGGAUAAGAAGGAUUUGACAGAAGUUGUUCGAAACAAUGUUAAAAAGUCACUGAAAGAGACAAUACUUACAAGGUGUCUUGAAGUUGAAAUGGAUGUGAAUGUUGACGAAGUUACGAAAAUUUGUUCUGCAAUCGAAGAGGAGAUCGUCAAGAUGUAUGGAGAUACUGGGCAGAAGUACAAAACCAAGUACAGGAGCCUGAUUUUCAAUUUGAAAGAUCCCAAAAAUCGGAGUUUAUACAAGCAAGUUGUACAAGGCGAACUGCCACCUGCGAAGUUGGUUCACAUGUCACCUGAGCAACUGGCCUCUGCGGAGUUGGCUAAAUGGCGGGAAAGAGAGGCUAAGCAUAAUAUUGAAAUGAUAAAAAAACGAGAGGAAGAAGAUGCCCUGGCUCUUAAACAUGCCGUGAAGAAAACCCACAAGGGUGAGGUUGAGUUGGAGAACGAGGGAGAAGAAGAUAUGCAUAAUCUUCAGACGCACAUCGAGACUGCAGAGGAGCAGAAGGAUGCCGCCAUGGAAGAGGAUGGUGCUCCAAUGGCCUUCGAAGAUACAACAGAACAACACAGCACACAUUUGUUUGACUUGAAUUGCAAGAUUUGCACAGGAAAGCAACAACCUGCAGGCGAAAAGCAUCCCAUUUUGCCACAUGUUUCAACCAGUGUCAUACAAGCAAUUCCAGAAAGCUCAAUGCCGUCACCCACCGAUUCCCCGGAUGAAAAUGACCUCAGACAAAACUCACCCGACCUGAUAGAAAGUAUGAAUCGAUCACCAAUUCACAUUCCGUUGCCUUCAAAAGAAAAGUCGGAUCCGAUGUGGAAAGGAUUUGUCGUGAUGCCAAGCGUGGCUAAAUUUGCAUCAAACGCCUAUCGUAUCUCCGGGCCAUGCGACAAUUUGUUGAAAUUAUUACCAGACACGCUUCAAAUUUACGGCAGAAUAAAACAUGAGCAAGUUUGGGAUUACUUAUUUCAACUGAAAAGUACCACGCAUAAGACCAUAGAUGUACUGCGUUUCGAAAUGGCUGCUGAGGACGACAAGAAGGACUACGUAGCUUUGUAUUCAUAUUUCUACACAAGGAAGAGAAUUGGAGUGAUUGGAAAUUGCCAUUCUGGUGUCAAGGACAUGUAUGUUGUACCAAUAGCUUCCCACGAUCCCGUGCCUCCUGAACUACAGCCGUUCGAUGGACCAGGAAUGCCAGAGCCUCGACCUCACAUGCUCAUAGGGAUCAUCGUGCGCAGCAAGCAGGCAGUGCCCAUGAAGCGACCGAAACAGAGUCACCACGAAUCAACUGAAGUGGCUGUUAAAAAAUCGAAAAAAAGGCACAAACAUAAAAAGGACAAAUAUGAGGACAUAGUGUUCGGGAAGCAACGAGCAGGGCAAAGUUUGGAAGAGACGCCGUCGGAGUCUGGAAGCUCAUAUACCCCCUCGUAUACACCAGACAUCAUGUCACCCCCGUCUACUACUCCUUCCUCUGCCCUUUCGUCAGCUACAGCGAGCUCAUCUACAAUUAAAACUGGAGAAAACAGAGAGAUCGAAGAUAAGCUGGAAAGACAGAAACAGGAGCUUUUGAAACUGGAGGCUGAGAUACGUAAGAUUUCUGGAAACCAAGCCUUAGGAAUACCGACACCAACUUCGAUUUUAGCUGGCUUAGAAACGUCCUCUAAUUCCAUUCCUUCGUCUCAACCUGCAAGUCUGCAGUCACCUCCAGUAUACAGUAUGUCCUCCUCAGAUUCUGCAAGCACGGUGGCAACCGCCUCUGCUAGAUAUACUCCAGCCUCCACUGGAUACACGCCAGCCUCUGUUGGGAGUACAGCAGCCUCUACUGGUUACAUGCCAACCCCGGUUGGAAGUAAGCCAAGCGUUACUGGGUACACACCAACUCCUAUCGGCAAUGAACCACACUCUUCUGGGUAUACAGCCAGCUCUGCUGGAUACCCACCAACCGUUCCUGGGUACACACCAACCCCUACUGGAAAUACAUCAGCCUCUACUGGAUACACGACUACCUCUACUGGGUUUCCGUCAACUUCGUCCGAGUAUGCAACAACUUCUCGGUUUUCAUCUGCUGCAACUUUUGCUACAACCAGUACAUCAAGUGGCAAUAUUGACAUUCCUUCGACAGGUUCUUUGCCAGAAAAUAUUAAACAAACAAGGUCACCAGAUGCAGAAAUUAGAUCGAAUGAAUCAAUGGUUGCAACACGACCAGACCAACACCUCAAUGUUACAUAUACCCCAGCUGGGAAUGAAACCAAAAAGGCCAACGAUGGAGACGAGCCUUACGACCCCGAAGACGACCUUGAUACUGCUAUAGAAUUGGAAAGUAAAGAUGAAAAGAAAGCCAAGGCAAUGCCUCCUGGAGAUGAGCCGUAUGAUCCGGAAGAUGACUUUGUUUUGGAUCUGAUUGAAGACAUUACUCUGCCGUCUUCGCUGAAGAAAAUUGAUGACAAGCCAAAUCUGCCUUUUCCGUUGGAAAUGACGAAGAAGCCAGAAUCGAAAAUGCCGGAGUUGCCGCCGAUAAAAUUACCGGACAAAAUCACGGACCGGAGAGCAGGUAGCUUUUCAUCGAGCAAUCUCGCAGAUCCGCGCUUAGGCACGAGUCCGCGUUAUCAGCCGGUUCAACCUCACUUGAGUACGUCCAAUACUCAAAGCCCCUCCGCACGUUCGCAGUCAAGCCUCACUAGUCCUUCGAGUGCAAGCAGUAACGUUACGAGUCCGACGGCGCAGAAAACGUUGGAUCCGCGCCAGACCAAGCAAACGAUGCAGCAGCAAGGACCGCCGCACCCACAACAGCAGCUUCCAUAUAUGGCGCCGGAUAACAGUGAUAAUAAUUACCAUGUGCGAGAGGGCGCGUUAGACUCAUAUACAGAUACCCAUCGGCCACCAGUAGGUCAAUGGCAGUCUGAUCACGUGGAAAGCCAAUCAGGGAGUACUUACAACCAAUACCGCGCUGGAGAGCCGCGUAGUGGAGGCUACCAAGAGCGGCAUGGGGAUGAUCCUUAUCACAGGCAAUGGCAAGGCGGGCGACAGGGUCAAGACUCAUCGUGGCAAGGCUAUCCGUACGAAGAAGGUCGUUCUAGGGAAUACAGAAACUGGGGAAGUGAUGAGCAGGGAUAUGAUAAAUGGCGAGGGGAUCAUCAUGCUGGGCAACCAUAUGAAUACGAUAACGAUAAUCGGGUAUAUCGGCGACCUCGACAUCAAGACGAAGGAAACUAUAAUAACUAUCAUGACCGCGAAAGAGACUACGAGCGACCUUGGGAAGGACCUGGGCACAGGGGACAUCGAACAAAUUCGCGCGAUAGGGGUCGUGGCUACCAGUAUAGGUAGUGCGACUUUUAAUGCUCUGUUUUGGACGAGUAGAAUUAUUUAGACCUGUUGUUUUGCUUUUAUGUACACAAAUUCAUCUACGCUUUUAGUAAUGAUUUUAGUUCUUACUAAUGGGAGCGCUUUCUCCUCAACAAAUUCGUCAUUGCGGUUAUUGUAAAAAACUUGCUCAGAAACCUAUAUAUGUUACAUACUACUCUUUCUAGUGCUUUGUACUCAGAAACAGCACCCACCCCCUCCCUUAACUGUAUCCCUAAAAAUAGUAAAUUGCUUUGAGCUUUUAAAAAUGGGUCUUUUUUAAAUAUUUAUAGAUAUUUGAACUGUCGAUGAAGAAGAUAACAGUUAUUUUAUCUUAUAUACAGAUGUAAAUAUUCUUUUAUGAUAUUCGUCUCACAGCGCUCAUUGAUGUAGCUGUGAUAUUUCUUGGCUGUCACCUGAAGUUUCCAUCAUCCCUGUUAUUUGUAAGUCUAGUACUAGGCAGCGUUUGAUUUCAAGCCCUCGUCCAUAAUCAUACUAUCCCAUAUCAAGUUUAUAUUGCUAUAGUUCUACCUCGCCCCUCCCCCCACCCCCCCAGUGAUGUUCUACGUCUCUUAAAGGCCACGAACGUAUACUUGUACGGCUUAAGCCGUCUGUUAAUCCACGUUGGCCAAUCAAUAAGCGUGGUACCAAUCAGGCGUCUGCGAUUGGUCAAUAGUUGAUUUAUGAUUGACAGAUGGCUGAAGUAUCUCAAAGAACUUUCAAGUACCUUUAGUUUACAAACGCCACAAUUCAUACAACCUUUCAGCUUCUGUUCUAUCUUAUGUCACCAUUUUCACUUGUGUGUUUUAAUACAUACACAGACUGGAAUCUUGUUUUUAUCACUGUAGUGAGUUUUUGUUCCCUGGAGUUUGUAGACGCAAAUUUUUAAUUUUGCCGGCUAAGGCUUAUAAUUGGAAAUGAAGGUUUUUGUAAAAGAGUCCAUAAUUCAUUUGUGCAAAACAUAAAUCUCUCGAUUUUAGCAUAAAAAUAAGUAAACGUUUCAAGCAGGUCCUUUUGGUAAAGAAUUUGAACCGCUAAAUAACCUUUUCUGUUUACUGCUUCUAUUUCAAGAAGCUUUUCUGCAAUAAAACUGUCAGAUAUUGUGCUCCCAAGCCUCCAUGAAGUUGGCGAAUAUGCGAUGUUUACUUUCAGUACUAAACUUCAAUGGAUAGUUUUUUUGUAAGAUAUUUUCCAAACAAUAAUUGACUGGCGGUUUACUGGCGGUUGUCAGAGUCUCCAUGACCUGAUUUUUCAUUUCAUAUCGGAAAUAUGUAUAGUUGACAAAAAGUAGGAAUCUUCGUCAUGAUUUGUUGGUUUCAUUUGCAAAAGAGAUUACAUGUUGGGCUUUACACAUAAAAUCGUUAUUUUCACAAUUCUUCACAUAAUGGGGUGGGUUAAUGGAGGCUGUGUUAUUUCCCUUUUUAUGCUUCAAUUCUUAUUUUAAAUCGCUAAACAAUACAGCGUGAAAACAUUACAGUAUAAAACGUUUAGAGAAAUAACGAAAAGAGCGUUAUAGUUUGGACAGAGUUGAGAUAACCUAGCUUUAUUUUGUAAUCAGAUUUUUCGACACGACUUUUUUGUUAGAAAAUCGCUCUUACUUAACACGAAAAUGUUUAAACGUUUGUGAAAAUUCGUGAAGAUAACUAGUAACAUCAAGAAAUAUCGGUAAUCGACAAACGUGUUUUAUAUAGAAUAAAUAGAAAUG